AGCGUGAAGCGAACGAGGGAGAAGCCGCCUGGCCCUUUUAGUUGCUUGGAUUGGAUUGGAUUGAUUGCAAGGCCACACACACCGCUGUUCUUCUUUGCCCCUUCCCUUCUCGACUCAAACGCUCACCGUCGGUCCCACGUCGCCGACACUACCAAUUUCGCGCGACUACCCACCUCCUCUCUUCUUCAUUCUAGCUUUUGUCAGCUCUCGGUUGCGCUGGGAUACCGAAGAAAAAAAGGGCCAGGAAGCCGCAAGGGGAUCUACUCGACUGGUCAGAUAGAAUUGGAAUCAGUACAAGAUGUCGACGCAGGGAAUCGGUGAGUCUUUUGUGGUCCGCGGUGCUCUAGACGUCUUUCAUGGGCGAGGAAGAGGUAAAGAGAGGGCGGAUUCUACGAUUGGCUCUGCGAGGGAACGGGUUGGAGACAAGGGUCAAGUAGAGGGAGGGGGGAGGCGGCCGAGUGUAUUGGUGCAUCAGCGCCUACUCAGAGGACAAGGUCAGGCAAUGGGGAAAGGAGCCGAGGGCAUUGCUGCACGAGCUUUGGUCGUCGGAAGAUCGGCGCUUUGGGCGUCGGAGGAGGAGGGAGGAGUGGGCUUCUGGCGUUUUCCUGCCAGUGUCAGAUCUCACCUUUCGCCAACUGGUCGUGUUCAGUGCAAAAUCUUCCUAAAAUUCCACCCUUGCCCGCAACGGAAGGUCUGGUGGACCCUUGUCGCCCAACCUUCAUCGCAACGAGCACUGGAGACGCGGUCCGUUUUGGCUCGGCUUCGGCCGCUUUGCCAUUUUGAACUUUCUUUCCCCUCUGUCUGCCAGCCAAGCACCGAGCGAGCGAAGGACGCGCGCUGACAGUCUGAAAAACUACUCCCUUCCAUCCAACUCCUUCUUCGACAACCCUCAUUC